CCGCCACCAUGCGCUCCCUCGUAGCCCCCAGAUACUGUCAGCCCGCGGGUUACGAAGUCAUAGACCUCCCAACGCCGACCCCAGACGAUCUGAAGCCAAAUGACGUUCUGAUUCGCGUCCAUGCUGCUGCCAUCCAAACUGGAGAUACCCAAGCUGCGGCUGGGGUGUCCAAGCUACUGGUUUCGACCAAGUUUCCCCUCCGCCUCGGCAUGUCUGGCUCCGGCAUCGUCAUCGCGGUCGGCAGCGGCGUCAAAUCCCUUCGCGUAGGCGAUGCCGUCUGUGGACUUGCCUUCAAGCACGGCCAGAUUUUUGAAGAGGCCGCAGCCCUAACCGGGUCCGUUCUCACGGCAUACCAAUGUGUGAAGCGCUACUUUGAGCUCACCGGCCAGCCGCCCGGGACUAGCACACUAGAGGGCAAAACCGUCUUCAUCCCCGGGGCACUGAGCGCGGCUGGCUCUGUGUCCACCCAGGUUGUUAAGAACGUCUACGGUGCUAAGACCGUAGUGUCGACGGUUUCGACCCCGAAAAUGGGCCUUGUGGAGAAGUACUUGCCUGAUGUCGUGGAUGAGCUGGUCAACUACGAGACGCAAAACAUUGUGCAAGAAGUUGGGAGGGGAACCGUCGACUUUGUUCUGAACACGCAGUGGGACUUGGUUGGUACCUUUCCGCUUGCGAACCCGCAGACGGGCGCCGUGGUCUCGAUCGCAAGUAUACCCAGUCCUAGGACGGUGAGGAGCAUGAUAGGGGACUCGCCUGCGCCCAUACUUGUUCGCUGGUUUAUUCUAGCGAUAACUACUUUAGCCCACAUGUGGUAUAACUGGAUGCUGCGAGGCACCAAGGUUAAACAGGAUUUUGUAUCGGGAAACCCCGGCAAUAGGGAGGAUUUGGAGAGGUCUGGCGAAUGGGUUGCUGCCGGGAAGAUCAAGGCCGUCAUGACGGUGGUAGAUAUCGAGGAUAUCGAGGCGGUGAGGAAAGCUUGUACUAUGGUUGCGACGGGCAAGGGAGGUAUUGGUAAGUUGGUAAUUCGGUUGGCCUAG